AUGGAGGCUAAAACCGAAGUUAAGGAUGAGAUUAUAGAAUGUGAAAAACGAUUGGUGAUUCUAUUAUCUACAGAAAUAGAUCUUGGAGAAUUGAAGGAUGAACUACAUAAAGAAAAUUCAGUGGAGACAAAUUGUCAUGAUGAAUCAGAGAUUGAAGAAACUCCAGCUAAAAAGAGGUGUAUUGACCAUGAUUUUCAGAGUGAAACAGAGCCAGAAGAAACUCCUAAAAGAAAAUUAUUUGACAUACAUGAAGCUGAAGUAAACCUGGCAAGUGAAGUGGCAGAUACAGGCCGUAUGAUUUUAUUUUUAGAUGAACUGUUUGAUUCGUUAAAUUCAAGUCAGAAAACUGCUCCUAUAAGCAAACCUUUGAAAGGUGGUGUUACAUUGACAUCCAACCAUGAACAAUUCUGGAAAAACUCUUUAACUUCUUUAAACAAAAUGAAAUUUUUUGAUAGAAGGAAACAGAAAUUUGUGUCUGUACCUUCAUUAAAAAAUUUGAUUUUUACCAUUCGUGGAUUCAUAUAUUUAAAGAAAAGAUUAUUAAAAAACAGUAAUAAUUACUUGCUGUUACGAGCAUUUCAGCAAGAUAUAUUAGAAAAUUUUUUUGGUCUAAUCAGAAGUUAUAGAGUUACAGAGCGUUCAGUAAGUGUGUCAGAUGCUAUAACCACCUUCAAAGCUUUGAUUAUAAAUAAUUUUAUGUCCUUUCAUUCACCUGAAAGCAAUUGUGAGAAUGAUCUUAGUGAGGGAGCAUUAGAUACCUUACGCUUUUUUUUAACAGGUGAGGUAUUACCAGGUUGUACACCUCUGGCAUCUGAAGUGAAUAUUUCACUUCCUCUGUCAGUUUCAAAUGUUAAACGAACUAGGGUGGGAAGGUGUACUGUAACCUAUGUUGCAGGAUAUGUAGCGAAAAAAGUAUUGAAGAAGGUUUCAUGUGAGUUAUGUAAAUACAAUAUGUUAUUUAGAGAAAAAGAUGGGGAUACAGAAUUUAUUGAAGCCAGGAAAUAUAAUAUGUCAAAUUUAACAGUGCCUGGAAUUUUUUUAACAUAUAUUGUAUCUGAGGCCCUUGCUAAAUUGUUUUACUUAAUUCCAAGGGUCUGUCAUUUACAACCUUUACACUUCAUAUUGAAUAAAGAAUUAAAUAAUUUUUUAAAUUUUUCAACAUUCAACUGUAGAUCUCAUUCAGAUACUGGAAUAAAUAUAUGUAAAUUUAUUGUGAGACUUUCUCUAUAUAUAUGGUGUAGAAGUGUAAAUGCCAUUGUAAAUGGCAGAGACCAGAAAUUUAUUAACUUCCUAAAAACUAAGCCAGAAUGUACUAGGAUAGAUCCCAUAAAAUUAGUUGCUUAUAGAAAAUAUGAAAGUAGGAGAAAACAAUUUUUAAGUACAGGUCAUAAAUGUAAAUGUUAA